UAGGAUUCUAUGACGUGCUAGCCCAGCCUGGCAACUACCACUAUCCACUGAUAGCCUUCUAUUGAACGGUACCCUAUCAUAGUGGGGCGACCAUAUGGCCUCGAAGCUCAAAUGUUUGGCUAUCAAGGGACCCUAAUUCAAGGGGGUCAUGAGUUGGAAAUCACUGGGCAAGAGGCCAUAAACAGAACCGAAGUACCAAGCUACUGUCUUGUUUGAUUUAUUUAAGAUCCACUUUCCCCGUGGGUUUGCUCGAGCUCGAUCCCUCGUGCUCUGUCAGAACGUCUUGUCCCCCUUCAGCUAUAAUUCCGACCCUUGUCUUUCAUUUGUGUGGGGACUGGGGUAUUUCACAUUCAGACAGGUGUUGAUCUUCUCGAUAUAGCGAUUGGUAUUCGGAACAAGUCUUCGCCAUGAAGGUCCAGACAGCGAAUCUCAUCUUGGGGUUUUGCGGCUCGAUCAUGGCCCUGCCCCUUCAUGAUGCGUUUGAGAAGCGAGCCUCCCCGUCACCGUCUUCAAGUCAUGCUGUCCAGUGGUCCAGCUCUGCCGCAGUCUCGUCGGCCUCGGUACAUGUCCCAUCCAGCAGCUCUUCGUUGAGAGUACCUAUUUCCGCGCCUAGCUCUGCGGCAAAGGACCUGGGUACCGCCAACUAUCAUGCACCAGCAAUGAUCAAUGGAGCUGCUGUCAACGGUUUCCCACCCACGACUGCCGCAGCAACAGCCGCGGGCGCUUCCACCACUUCCUCAAGCUCUGCGACUACCAAACCGGCUACGUAUCCGACUACCACGGCUGUCGGAGACCAUCCUAGUGCUGGAGGUCAAAGCUCUGGCGGUUACAGCAGUCUAUCUAGUCAGAGCCAGCCUAUCCCCAACGGACAGACGGCUCUUGGAGAUCAGAACACUGGUCUUCCGAGCGCCCCUUCUCAGAGCCAGCCGACCCACCCAGCGUCUGCUACGAGCACUGCCGCAUACAGCGGAGCAAAUUCGGCGAGUCAGCCUACGCCUUUUGGUCAAUCCUCAGGGUAUGGUGCUUCUACUUCCUCCGAUCAAGCGUUUCCUUUUGGACAAUUGAACCCCUUCGGACAAUCCGAGGAUGAUGACCAAUUGGCUCAAUACGGGCAACCUGUCCCGCAGAGUUCCAGCAGUGGAUCUGUACCAGCCACCGGGAAUUUCCCGGGUGUCCCAGUGACCCCUCAAGGAUCGACUGCGAACAACGGGGUAUCUUCUGGAGCGCGCCCUCAGGGACAAACCUCUUCGCAGGGUUCAACCUCUAACACUGGAGCGUCUAGUGGCGUUCGGCCUCAGGGACAAACAGCGCAGCAAGGUUCCACUUCCAACACCGGCGCCUCUGUCGCAGGGCGUCCUCAGAGUUCCACGUCGAACAAAGGAGCAUCUAGCGGUGCACGUCCCCAAGAUAAUUCGGCUCCAGUGGUUCCAUCCACAAACACCGGAGCCAACAGCGCGUAUCCUCGCGCACAACCAGGCUCCGAAGGAUCAAGCGCGACGGCAGGAAAGCCUAGUGAAGGACGCCCUCAAAGCCAGUCUGCGAACACAGGAGCAUCCAACGGCGCGCGUCCCCAGGAUCAAUCCACUCGCCCUGGUUCGACGACCAGCAACGGCGCGCCUAGCGGAACACGGCCCAAGGUUCAGUCCCCUAACACGGGAAGCGCAGUGAUUCCUCAAAGUCAAUCUCUGGACCCAGGCUCAAUCAGUUCCCAGCUCGCCGACCAGUAUGGUCUGGAUUCUACUAGCGAAUUGCUUCCCCCGGGCUACAACCCUGUUGGAACAGCAUCUAGUGACGAGGAUGAGUCGACUCCCUCAAGCUACACGGGAGGGUUUCCUUCUCAGAGCCAAGCCGCUGCUCCGACUAGUGCCACUGAAUCCAGCUCCAAGGGUCAGUCUGUAGCUUCAAGCUAUGCUGGCACUGUGCCAAAGGGUCAAUCUGCAGCUGCUGGAUACCUUGGAACCACUGCUCAAAGCCAGUCCUCCGGCUACGGCAGCUCUACUCCGCAAGGCCAGUCUUCUGGCUCUAGCUCUGGAAGCUCUACUCCUCAAGGUCAAUCAUCGGCUUACGGUAGCUCCGCUCCGCAAGGCCAGUCUUCUGGCUCUAGCUCCGGAAUCUCUACUCCUCAAGGUCAAUCAUCGGCUUACGGUAGCUCCGCUCCUCAAGGUCAAUCUUCGGGAUCCACUAGCUCAAUUCCUCAGGGACAGUCCUCAGGACACGGUAGCCCCACCCCUCAGGGUCAGUCAUCUGGAUACGGAAGCGCUUCUCCUCAAGGUCAGAGCUCCGCCUCUCAAGGCUAUUCCAGCGGCGUCGGUCCCGGGGGCGAUCCUGUCUACAACGGGCCUAUGGCAGGCCCGGACACCCAGGGCCAGACUAGCGGCGGUGCUGGAAAGUCUUCCGCAGGUCAAUCUAAGGGCACCGCAUCACCAUCUGAUCCUACCACGAGCUCCGGCCAAACUCCUCAGGGCGGUUCAUCUGCUGCUGGAUCUGGAAAGUCUCAACCUGGGCAGGCACAGACCCAAGGAAAGAGUCAGACCCAGGCACAGAAGCCAAGUCAAGGUUCCGCCCCGGGCCAAGGUCAAGGACAGAGCCAAACCCAAGGAAAGGGACAGACCCAGGCACAGGGACAGACUCACGGAUCCGCUCAGCCUGAAGGGCAAGGACAGAACCCGACCCAGGGAUACGCCCAGGGCCAAGGGCAAGCACAGACCCAGGGACAGGGACAAAAGCCAAGUCAAGCCUCCACCCAAGGUCAAAGCCAAGGACAGAGCCAGCCCCAAGGAAAGAGUCAGGCCCAGGGACAGCCACAGACCCAGGGACAGGGACAGAAGCCCAGUCAAGGUUCUGCCCAGAGCCAAAGCCAAGGAAAGGUACAGACCCAAGGACAGCAGACCCAAGGACAGAACACAACUCAAGGUUACGCUCAGAGCCAAGGACAGACCCAGGGACAGGGACAGAAGCCCAGUCAGGGUUCCGCCCAAGGUCAAGGCCAGGGUCAGAGCCAGACUCAAGGACACUCUCAAGCCCCAGGGCAAGGGCAAGGACAAGGACAAGGACACUGAGGCAACGGCGGAGCCUUCGAGAAGAAUGUAGGAA